CUCAACUUCGGGCUGAUGAACGAAGACUUGCGGAUCCAUAGCUGGCCGUGUUCUUACUACUUGGACACCAGCAAACAAUGGGUCUCUGGCAGACUCUCACUGACUCCUGUUGCAAUCAAAUUCACAGCUGACAAGACUGGGGAGCUUUUGGUCAACUUCCAUCUUUCUAGUAUCAGUGAGAUAAAGAAGGAAUCUUCAAAUUUAAUCUUCAGCUCCCUCACCAUCUUGGAGAAGAACACCAAGCAUUGGUUCAGUUCUUUGCAACCCAGCAGAAAUGUGGUAUUCAACAUCCUUGAGCACUUCUGGAGGGAGCAGCUGCUCUCAAGCCAAGGUGGAGGAGCAGAAGCAGCAGCUUUGCAGUCCACAAAGGGAAAAGAGCUGACAGGGUUGUUGGCUGGGUCCCAGAAACGUCUGGAGGACACAGCAAAGGUGCUGCAUUACCAGGGCGAGCAGUUCGAUAACAUCAUGAGAGGACUCAACAAGAUCGAAGGGGAUAUGGAUGUGGCAGACAGGUUGUUGACUGAGCUGGAAUCUCCUUCUUGGUGGCCGUUUAGCAGCAAGCUCUGGAAAGCUCCGUUGGAAGCCAAGCCAAAGGAAACUGCCACAGUUUCCGAUCCAAAGAACCAGGAAGGAAUCAUAAUUAGAAUUCCAGUUAUUAUCACCCACAGAACAGACUCCAAUGUCAAGCCAGGAAAACUCACCCUCUUUGCUUCUGGUUUGGAAAUCAGUGACUGCAAUUCUCAGGUGAUUCACAGGUUUGAAUCCAAGGAGGUGGAUGACAUCAGAGUUCAUACGCCCUACGAGAUCAGUGUCCGGCAGAGGUUCAUUGGGAAGCCUGACACCUCCUACAGGCUCCUCUCAGCAAAGAUGCCAGAAGCAAUCCCCAUCUUGGAGAUGCAGUUUAGCAAGAAGAUGCAGUUUCUAGAAGAUGCCCUAGGAUUUGCUGGUGCCACCAAGUCUCCUCAGGUGGAUUUGGGGACCUCCAUUUGGCAAGCAGCCACAGGUCUCCUGGGAGGAGUGGUGCAGCCUGGCUCUCCUGCCAAAGAAGGAAUGGACAAUGACCAUGUUCAGCUGCAGAAGCAAGAGAAGGUCUCUCAGGAAGAAGCCAAAGAGCUUAGACAGAUCCUCAAGAAACUGAAGGGCCUUGCCUUGGAGACAGAAGCUGAGCUGGAGAGGCAGGACGAGGCUCUGGAUUCCAUCAGUACCUGCGUUGACCGCGCCACGCUGACCAUCGACAAGCAGAACCGCCGGAUGAGGAAGCUGACAUAG